GCGGGCGCGCACUGAUGACGUCACGAAGCCGCCAACGGCGGCGGUGGCGGCCGGGAGACAGGGAAGGCUUCCGGGGCUGCUGACCUGAGUGUAGAGCUUCUGUCAUGGCGGCCGCUCUGUGGGGAUUCUUUCCAGUCCUGCUGCUGCUGCUAUCAGGGGAUGUCCAGAGCUCGGAGGUGCCCGGGGCUGCUGCAGAGGGAUCGGUAGGGAGUGGGGUCGGCAUAGGAGAUCGCUUCAAGAUUGAGGGGCGUGCAGUUGUUCCGGGGGUGAAGCCCCAGGACUGGAUCUCGGCGGCCCGAGUGCUCGUAGACGGAGAAGAGCACGUCGGCUUCCUUAAGACAGAUGGGAGUUUUGUGGUUCAUGAUAUACCUUCUGGAUCUUAUGUAGUGGAAGUUGUAUCUCCAGCUUACAGAUUUGAUCCUGUUCGAGUGGAUAUCACUUCAAAAGGAAAAAUGAGAGCAAGAUAUGUGAAUUACAUCAAAACAUCAGAGGUUGUCAGACUGCCCUAUCCUCUCCAAAUGAAAUCUUCAGGUCCACCUUCUUACUUUAUUAAAAGGGAAUCAUGGGGCUGGACAGACUUUCUGAUGAACCCAAUGGUUAUGAUGAUGGUUCUUCCAUUAUUGAUAUUUGUGCUUUUGCCUAAAGUCGUCAACACAAGUGAUCCUGAUAUGAGACGGGAGAUGGAGCAGUCAAUGAAUAUGCUGAAUUCCAACCAUGAGUUGCCUGAUGUUUCUGAGUUCAUGACAAGACUCUUCUCUUCAAAAUCAUCUGGCAAAUCUAGCAGUGGCAGCAGUAAAUCAGGCAAAAGUGGAGCUGGCAAAAGGAGGUAGUCAGGCCUUCCGGAGAUGGCAUUUGCACAAACACAGUAACACUGGGCGGCAUCCAAGUUUUGGAAAACUGUGUGAAGCAACUGCUGUAAACUUGAGUCAUCCUGAACGUUGAUCUCUUACAACUAUAUACAUUAACUUUUUAGCACAUGUUUUGUACUUGGUACACAAGAAAACCCAACUUUCAUCUUUUGUCUGUAUGAGAUCAAUAUUGACGUCACUGAAUUAAUUACAGUGUCCUAUAGAAAAUGCCAUUAAUAAAUUAUCUGAAAUACUAUACAUUAUGUAUAUUAAAACAUCUUAAUCUAGAAA